UACUUCAACAUCUUAAGGUAAAGGUAACGUUCUCUCUCUGUUUUUCAAUCACUCAUAUAAAUACCAAAUCCACUAAUGACAGUCACCGCUUCCUUACACCGUCUUUCUCGUCUCCGAUUCAUCGCCAAACCCCAACCUUUCCUAUCUCCUCAUUCAAUCCCCUCCCAUUUCUCUCUCACCCCCAAAACCAAGAAAGCGAAUCGAUUCCGAUUCCUCUCAAUGGCUGCGGAACCCAAGGAAUCGCCUUCCAACAACCCCGGUCUCCAUACAACUCCUGACGAAGCCACCAAGGGUUACAUCAUGCAACAAACUAUGUUUAGAAUCAAAGACCCCAAAGUGAGCCUCGAUUUUUAUUCUCGAGUCUUGGGCAUGUCUUUGCUUAAGAGAUUGGAUUUUCCGGAGAUGAAGUUCAGCCUGUACUUCAUGGGCUAUGAGAAUACGGCAGAAGCUCCAAGUAAUCCAAUUGAUAAAGUGGUUUGGACCUUUUCUCAGAAGGCUACAAUUGAACUGACACAUAAUUGGGGUACUGAAAGCGAUCCAGAGUUCAAAGGGUACCACAAUGGCAAUUCUGAACCUCGUGGCUUUGGACACAUUGGUGUAACUGUUGAUGACACAUACAAGGCAUGUGAAAGAUUUCAGAAUCUGGGAGUUGAGUUUGUUAAGAAACCAGAAGAUGGGAAAAUGAAAGGUAUAGCAUUUAUUAAAGAUCCUGAUGGAUACUGGAUUGAAAUCUUUGAUCGGAAAACAAUAGGAAAUGUAACACAAACUGCUGCUUAGGCUUAAGAUAACACCUUAAGGCCCGGCUUUUCUGUGAUAUGUUCUUAUCUCUGAUUUAAUUGGGUCUUUUGCUCGUAUGUGGAGUAUGUAGGAUUUUUCGAGCUUCACCUGAAUGAAUAAUUUGUUGUCAAACCAGAACGAAAAACAAGAUUGUGUUGUGAAUCUUGUAUUUUUUUUUUCUUUAAUUUCAAAAACCUAGCCAAUAUCGAAACUGGUGACUUGAGUCUACUCUUGCAUUGGAUCUGUGAUA